ACACGCAGCUGCCUGGCCCCGCCUCCUUUCCCUUUCAUCUUUCUCACUGACCAAUGGGCUUGGAGCAUUAAGGCCACGCCCCUUUUCCACAUUCUAGUGCAGCCCUGGUGACGCCUCCUGUUGCUCAGUCACAUAGCUGUGUGGUACAUGACUGGAGGCAUAUCACUGUCCUCGCCUGGAUCACGCCAGUGUGACCCCAACCCCACCUCCCUCCCCACCCCAUGAUGUCCGAAAAAACCCAACAAAGAAAAUUGGCUGGGACCAAGAGAAAGUUCACAGACUAUCAUCAGUGGAACAGUGCUGGUGUUGGUACUGGAGCAACCGACACCAAAAAGAAGAAAAUAAAUAAUGGCACUAACCCUGAGACAACCACUUCUGGGGGUUGCCAUUCACCUGAGGAUAAACAACAGAACCGAGCUCAGCUGAAAGAGAAAAAGAAGACAAGCCACCAACAUCGGCAAGCCCUAAGGAGGCAGCUAGAGGCCCAGGAUCAUACCAUACGAAUCCUUAAGUGUCAGAAAACUGAAUUGGAAACAGCGCUCCAUUACAGCCAGGAUGCUGCCAGGAAAUUUGAAGAAGAUUCCAAGGAUCUGGCAGGCCGCCUGCAUCAUUCCUGGCACUUUGCAGGAGAGUUACAGCGGGCUCUUUCUGCUAUGUCCGCAGAGCACAAGAGGGCGGACACGUACAUCAAGGAGUUAACAAAGGAGAGGGAAGCCCUGAGUCUGGAGCUGCACAGGAACAUCAUAACCAAUGAGGAGCUGAAGGAGAAAAAUGCCGAACUACAAGAAAAACUUCGACUGGUAGAAACUGAAAAGUCUGAGAUCCAGCUCCACAUCAAGGAGCUAAAAAGGAAACUGGAGACGGACAAAAUCCUGCUGCCACAGGUUCAAACCAACACUUUGCAGGAGAAGAUGUGGAGGCAGGAGGAGGAGCUACGGGAUCAGGAGAAGCUACGGAAGCACGAGAAGAAGAUGUGGAGACAGGAGCAGAGGCUGCGGAACCAGGAGAAGGAGCUGCGGGAGCAGGAGCAGUGGAUGCAAAAGCAGGAGCAGCAGAUGCGAAAGCAGGAGCAGCAGAUGCGGAAGCAGGAGGAGCAGAUGCGGAAACAGGAGGAGCAGAUGCGGAAACUGGAGGAGCAGAUGCAGAAGCAGGAGAAGCAGAUGGGGGAGCAGGAGGAGCAGAUGCGGAAACAGGAGGAGCAGAUGCGGAAACUGGAGGAGCAGAUGCGGAAGCAGGAGAAGCAGAUGGGGGAGCAGGAGGAGCAGAUGCGGAAACAGGAGGAGCAGAUGCGGAAACUGGAGGAGCAGAUGCGGAAGCGGGAGGAGCAGGUGCGGAAGCGGGAGGAGCAGGUGUGGAAGCGGGAGGAGCAGAUGUGGGAGCAGGAGGAGCAGAUGGGGGAGCAGGAGAAGAAGAUGCGGAAGCAGGUCGAGAGGCUGCGAUUCAAGGAGAGGCUGUGGGUUGAGUAUGAGAAGAUGCAGGAGGAGGAGGAGAAGGUCCGGGGGCAGGUGGAGAAGAAGGAGAGGAUGGGAGAGCAGGAGGAGAAGAUGCAGGAGGAGCGGUGCUCAGAGCCCUGCCUCCCUCCCUCCAAAUAUCCUCGUGAUAUGAGCCAUGCUGACAGCCUGAAGCCUGCACGAGAGGCCGGGAAGGGCUAUUCCCAUGACAACCGCACUGCACAGAAGAUCACGCAGCUGCCCCCUGGAAUGAAGAACACCCAGGAGCGCCCAGGCUUAGGCAGCACCUCCUGCAUCCCAUUCUUCUACCGAGGAGACAAGAAAAAGAUCAAGAUCAUCAAUAUCUAAAAAGAACGGUCAACAAGGCCUACAGAAGUGUAAGCCGCCAUGUGACCUUGUGAAUACAGUCUGAGAACAAACUCGAAAAAAAGAAAAUUUAUUUUAAAUUGUGGCAAAAUACUGGCCGGGCACGGCGGCCUGCACCUGUAAUCACACCACUUUGGGAGGCCUAGGCGGGUGGAUCACCAAUCCUAGGUAUGUGGGAGGCUGAGGUUGCAGUGAGCCGAGAUCACACCACUGCACUCCAGUCUGGGUGACAGAGUGAAACUCCCAUUUCAAAAAAAAAAAAAAAAAAAAAAAUUUCUACCUGAGGACUCUAAUAUCUAUGUAUGUUUCUAUUGUUUUUUUUGUUUGUUUUCUCCUUUCAUCUUGUCUUGUCUUAUGGCAUGCCUAGUAAAGUUUUAUCUGCCUCCAGAG